AUGUUGUAUGAGCAAAAUAGCAUUGUGGCCUGUGAGAAGGCUGCUUUGGAAGACCAUGUGGCCACCCUGGAAGAUCAAGUGGAGCAACAUGAAAAUCAAGUGAACUCUUUAGCUAGGGAGAAGGGUGCUCUAGACGUGGUCCGAGUAAUGGAUAAGGUUAUCGAGACUAUGGAAUUUUCCAGUGGGAUCCAAGGCAUGCAAAAGGCAUGCGAGGACCUUGAACUUGAAAAGGGGAAACAAUUAGCCUAUCGUCCCACAACUUCUAGUGACUCUGAUGCCCCGGAUCCUGGCUUUGUCUCGAGAAGAGCCAAAGAGGUGGAUAUUUCCUUUUCGUCCCUUGCUGAGACGGAUUUUGUGGGCCACUUCCAUCUGGGGGAGUUGAAUUAUGACAGCUUCUGCCAGUUCUAUCGUAGGCCGGGUCCGGGAAGUUCUUCCUCAGACUCUAGGGACUGA